AUGGUCGUACACAAGUUUAUUCUUGCAGGCACCUUGGAAUCCAAUAAUUAUGCAGAAACCAAUGGCAUAAGAAAGACGAAUGUUUUUUGGCCUGUAAAAAUCUGGGAUAAAGUUGUCUUGUUCAAGCUGCAAUUCUGGGAUACAUCAGAGAGCAGUAUAAAAAAAUAUAAUCACAUUCUGCCGGCAUGCAAAGACAAAGUUGAUGCAAUGUGCUCUGUGUUUUCCUUUGAUGAUGCGUCAAGCUUUAAUGAUGUUCCAUACUUGAUGAAUACAAUGACUGCGAUAAAGGAGAAACCAGCAAAUAUAGUGAUUGGCACAAAGUUCAAACCUUGGUCAACCUGCGUGAUAGAUGAUGCACAAAUCAAGGAAUUCAAAGACAAAUGGAAAGUUAAGGUCAUUAAGAUCGAUGCCAGUAAAUCGUCCAUGAGAACUGAAAUGUUUGAUUGCUCUUAUCAAUUGAAUGCUAUCUGCAACAUUUUAUGGAACAGAGAUAAAGAGUUUAUAUCCAAACUGAUGGGACAAGCUUGACACUGCAUGUUUGAUGCAUUUUUUGUUAAUUUUAUACAAAAUAAAAGUACAAAAAUAUAGAUUAA